AUGGCUACUCUCGACGUGAGCUACCAACCAGGAACUCCUGAGCCAAACUUGUUCCCUAAGAUGGCAAACUAUACUUCCACAAGAGCAACUCAGGACAAUCUCAAACGAUCCUUCGCCAAGUAUCUGGCUUCCGAGCAUAGUACACAGGCUGUUGGAAAAUUAUUCCAACCUGAGAGUCAUCUUCAAUAUGAAGAGCCUAGCUAUAUUCAUACCAUGGAGGAAAUUGGGUAUUCUGCAACGAGUGGUGUCUCUCCCAUUGCUGUCUCCGAGCCGUUUCGUCUUUUCAGCGAAGAGGCUGUCAACGUUAUGAGGGAUGAGAUUUUCGCCAAGGAAGUUCAAGAAAAAUACAGCUACACAUCAGAUAUCGCCCCCAAACAGCUCCGUGGUCACGGUAAAUUUAUCUACGAGGCUUGGAAGCACCCCGAAACUCUUGCAAUCAUCUCUAAAAUCGCAGGCGUUGAUCUUGUUCCGGUUAUGGAUUACGAAAUUGGCCAUAUCAACUUGUCUGUCCCGGGAGAGAGACUUGAUCAUGAUAGCAGUGCUUUAAUCAGCGAGGAUGAUGAAAAAGCUAUCGUCGGCUGGCACAGAGACAGUUAUCCAUUCGUUUGUGUUCUCAUGAUGAGCGACACAACAGGAAUGGUAGGUGGCGAAACUGCUUUGAGAACUGGAUACGGCGAUAUCAAGAAAGUCCGCGGUCCAUCAAAGGGAUGUGCUGUGGUUUUGCAAGGUCGAUACAUCGAUCAUCAGGCUUUGCGGGCUUUUGGUGGACAGGAGAGAAUUACUAUGGUCACCUCCUUCCGUCCACGAUCCCCACAUAUCCGUGACGACACCGUUCUCACCACUGUCCGACCAGUCUCGAAUCUCUCCAAUCUAUAUGGACAAACGGUCGAAUAUCAAUUGGAGAACGCCGAGGCUCGCAUCAGAAGCAUGCUCAAGGAACUGCGCGAUUCCAUGAAAGCUGGUGCCACCACGGCCAAAGCCAUCACGUCCUUCCUCGACUUCGAAAUCAACCAACUGACGCACCUCAACAAAGAAAUCAUCGAUGAAUCUCUUGUCAAGAUGGGAGAGCUAGAAGUCCUCUGCGCGGGUGCUGCGAGGUCCAGUAAGAAGGCCAGAACCGCAAUCGAAUGA